UUUCCACAAGCUAAAGUUGGGGAAACAUGGUCACAUUACUUUACAGUCAGUUAAAAAGAGCAUUUGGGAAGUUAAAAAGUCAAAAUGUAUUAGAAAAUGGCCUGCAAAUGCAUUUUUUAAUCAUCUUGUAUAGAAAAUUAACUGAUAAUUGCGGGGAUUAACAGAGCUUCGAUUUUCUAUAGAAAAAUCCGUGAUAUGGAAGCAGUAUUUGUUAAUAGGAACAGGAUUGGCCUUAAAACUAACCUUGUAAGGUCAUAGGGCCAUCCAAGAGAAAUAGAGAUCCACACAAGAUUGGUGAUAAAUACGACAAACAACCGGGCAGAUCUGCAAGUAUUCUACUUCUAGUUAAAUGGAAGGGGUGCCUGCUCUAUCCUCCGGGUUUACAAGACUAUGCAAAGGGCUAGCAGCAGUUCUUGUCAUUGGAUAUUCCAUUUCACAAGUUUUUCCGUCAGCAGUUGACUACUUAGCACUGGUUCCGGGAAAGACUGUGCCUUUUGCAUGGAAUCUUGUAACUGCAGGUUAUUUGGAGCAAUCAAUAUUUGGGUUAAUUGUGAAUAUUGCUGGACUUCUUUUUAGUGGGAAAUUAUUACAACCCAUAUGGGGCGCAAAGGAGUUCUUGAAGUUCAUUGCUGUUGUUAACUUUUUUGCAUCAUUCAGCACAUUUAUUCUUGCAGUCCUUAUGUUCUACAUAACAGGAAGAGAGAAUUUUCUGUACAUGCCACUUUCAGGUUUUCAUGGCGUCUUGUCAGGAUUUCUUGUGGGCAUGAAACAAGUCAUGCCUGACCAAGAAGUUAUGGCAAUUGGUGCUUAUGUGAUACGAGCCAAGUGGCUGCCUUCGCUUCUGGUUUUGUUAUCCGUCAUUGUAAGCUUUUUGAGCACAGAAUCAAUGCCAUACCUCCCAUUUGUGAUAUUUGGAACUUAUGGAAGUUGGCUAUACCUGCGUUAUUUCCAACGGAAUCCGGAUACACAUCUGAAGGGUUAUCCAACUGAAGAUUUUGCUUUCUCUACAUUUUUCCCAAGUUUUAUGAGACCAAUACUAGACCCAUUUGCCACAAUGUGUCAGAAAAUAUUCUGUCAAAAUGCUCCAGUGCCCAGUGAAGUGGGAGACAGUUAUGCUGCAGGUGGCGUGUACAUACCAGGAUCUGACCCCUUGGAGGCCUCUAGGAGGAGAGAACGAGGGGCUCGGGCCUUGGAUGAAAGGUUAGGAACUGCAAAUUCUGGAGAAGCUGUUGGCGAACGUCUGCCUCAAGAUGCUUCUAACAAUGUAUAACUUUUUAUGGAGUUAUUUAUUCUCCUAGGACUCUGUAUUGCAUGCUCGGGAUUAGUUAUUGAGGAAGUCAAGAGAGACAAACUCCUAUGAGGAAUCCAUAUCAAGCACUAUAAUAUUUGUCAAUAUGCAUUAAAUUGACCCUUUUUGUAUGUCAUUGGACCUUUGUCAUUUUGAAUCCAUUAUUUGUCAAAGGAUUAGUAUUUGGUACAGACCAAGAAUCUCAUUAUUUUGAAUAUCAUAUAUGUUGAUUUUUCUCUGAGGUAGUUGGAAGUUAAAGUAUUAGUUGAGUUUUUUCAUACUUUCGAGUGAGAAGCAAAAAUAGUUUCUACUGCUCAUUACAAAGAGCAGCAUAAUGUUUAUUUAGAUCUGAGGACCAUGUUUCAGGUGUUGGGUAUUACCUUUCUAUGCCAAUAUUAUGUUUCUUAAUUUCUUGCCA